AGUGAAACGUAUCUGAUUCAGGAGACUUGGGAAAAAUCUAAUACUCUUGUCGUUAAUCACUGCUGUAAGGUUCAAUGGCAAUUGCAAAUACUGGUUUUAAACGUGAGGAAGUAUUUUAAAAAGAUUCUCCGUUGAAAUCAAAGGAAAGACAGGGAGAUAAUAUCUUGCGAUUAAAAGAACUGUUAUUUUUCUUUAGUUCAUUUCCAUUCCUUCUUCCAUAAGGCCUUAUUAAAAAGCAUUUCUUUUUUGUUUGCAGCAUUCAAGCGCUCAAAGCGUUGCUUUUGUUUUCCCGUCUUCGACUUCGUCACAUUGCAUUCACUUUACUUGCUUCGAAUUGGCUUACCUUAUUAUAAUCAGCUCACCCAUUUAAAUGUUGAUUCAUAACUUAAGCGCAGCGCACCUGUCCUAGACUUAAAUAUGCAUAGAAUACCUUGAGCGACUUCAUUUUAUUCAGGAGAACGCCCUGUUUGAAGAAGAUCGAGCCGCAAAGAUGCUACCGCUAACCAUCACAAUCCUGUUUUUUCUGGGAAACCAUGCGUUUGCAGUUGAUGUGAAUUUAACCAGGCCUGUGGCCGAAGCAACCAAACCACCUCAACAGCUGUCAACACCAAACUCAUCCGGGGAUAUUAAUGUUACUUCGCUGAUAGCUAAGCUACUCAUCGGUUAUGACAAGAGACUUCGCCCUAACUUCGGAGGUGAGGAAAACAAUUUUUGUUUGCUAAUUGUUUUAUAUCGUGUGUGUGCCUUGCUUGUAACCGCCGAUAUUAAGUCGUCACGCAUUCCUUCUGAGUUUACAACGAUCAUGUACUUCCGACAAUACUGGAAGGACGAGCGCUUAAAAUACAACCAGACAGGAUACCGUAAGAGGCUGGCUUUCAAUCCUGAAAUGCUCAAGUUUAUCUGGGUACCAGAUACUCAUUUCCCCGGGAUUAAGGACGGACUCAAGCACGCAAUCACAGACACUAAUGAGGUCAUCCGAUUGUGGCCUGAUGGCUCCGUGUUGUACAGCAUGAGGCUUAAAGUAAUAUCACAGUGCCCCAUGAACCUGAUAAACUUUCCAAUGGAUAAACAGAAAUGUCACUUGAACAUAGAGGCUUUCAGUUACGACGACAAAGAGAUGACUCUCAGCUGGCACAAAGACAAUCCUGUGGCAGUGUCGGACAAAAUUCAGAUUCCAAGCUACACUCUGACAGAUUACGAGUAUUAUUCUUCAGUUGACGAAUUUACCACUGGAAGCUACUCGUUACUGACCAUUGAAUUUGAUUUGACUCGUCGACUGGGAUUCCACAUGAUUCAGAUUUAUUUGCCCUGCUAUUUAAUCGUGGUGUUGGCUUGGGUCAGUUUUUGGGUGGACCGCGAACAAACGGCAGCCAGGAUUGCCAUGGGAAUCACCACUGUGCUCACCAUGGCAACGCUGAUUGGUAGUGCCAGGACUUCUCUGCCGAAGGUGUCGUACGUCAAAUCCCUGGAGUGGUUUCUUAUAAUGUGCUUCCUGUUCGUGUUUUCCGCCAUUUUGGAAUAUGCCUUUGUUUCUUAUCUGGUGUUCAAGCAGCGAGAACAAGAACGAGCAAAGAUCGGCAUGAAAAAGAAGCAUGACGAGGAGAAAGCAUGCGAAGCAGCAGAGGGAACUGUCGACAACGACAAAACACCGCCAUCACCAGGCAGCCGCCCCUCCUCAGGUCAGGAGGCAGUCUGGAUCCCAGGGAAACAUCAAGUGGAGACUGUGGCCAGACCAGGCAAAUGCCGCGGAAGCUCAAAGAAACCUCAUGAAGAGUAUCAUUUUGUCAAGAUCCUCAAUACUGUGGAAUUUUUCUCCAGGCUGCUGUUUCCGAUAGUGUUUAUCUUCCUGAAUGUGGCCUAUUGGAUCUAUUAUGGCGGAAUUCUGGAUUAAGAGUCGCAGGACCUGCAGCUGAGUGUGUCAGUGGUUUAGCUGGCACCCUGAUAACUAUGCAGUUAUGAAUUUGUUUUACUGAGCGUGCGCAAAGGGGUGUUGUAAUAAUUCUGGUUGUUCGUGAACGGUUUUUAGUUCGUUAUGUUCAAUGGUAUUUUAAUAAGUUGGCCAUUUCGGUCCCAAAAGUUAUUCGCAAAUUGGCUUGCGGUACGAACGAAUUUGUCGUAUCAAUAAGUCCCCGCUGACAGAUGAAAUGUAAAGUUUUUACACUAAAAGCAUUAUCAGUUAAUCUUUUGAUUGUAAGACAAAGUUUGAUGCGGAUAUAAUAUUCUGUUUAGAAGAAAUAAGGGCUUAAAUGUUCAUUCUCUUCAAAUGUGUAACGGUGCAAACGGGGCCAAAACCUGUUCUUUUCAAUCGUAGCGUAAAAUGUUAACAUAGAGAUAGUUUAAUCUUUAAAACUUUUAUAACAGUAAUAGAAAGAGGAGGGCCUCCCAAGGCCCACAUGGGCUCUAGGACCCUUAUAAUUUUUGCAUUAUUUCCCGUGUUAUCCGUAAAUAAAUUCUAUUGUUCCCUUAAGUUCCGUUAAUACUAGAGACAUCAUUUUUCCAUUAUAUUAAUCCAGAAUAUAUAUCCCUUGUUCCCUGAAAAUAAGUAAUCAUGAUUUCUUGUUUCUGAAAACCCUUUGGAGGCCCCCAAAGAGGCAGACUGAUCGAACAAAAAUCUUGCUUUGAAGUUUUCUUCCUAAGCAGUAAAGCCUAUUAAGAAUACUGCUGCUCUAAUGAAGUAUGUUUGAGUUUAACGAUAGAUAGCAUGAAAAUAAUGUAUAUAAUUAAUGAUAUAUCCGGAAAAGUCUUAGGCCUUUCGUUUUCGAAACUAUGUUCACAACAAAAGGGAUAAUUUUUUUUUAGAAUGGGCGUAAGUACGAAGGCGAUUACGUAUUGUGGCUCAUUGGGAUUUUCUGAUCUCACUCUUUGUAGACUUCUUUCACAAUCGCGCAUUAUCACUAACGCUUUGGUAAAUUGGUGGACCCUUAGAUACUAGAAAAAUUUGGAUCUUGCUAUGUUAUAUAUCUUGAGUAAAGCGAAGCGUGUCUCAGUACAUUUAUAAUUUAGGGGGCUUAAGCACAAACGUUUUUGAGAGACGAACGAGAGCCGCAAGUCGACGUUUCUCGUCUUUGUCGCGUGUUAAUGACGUCUCGUUGAAAAAUCCAAGAUGAAAAUGUUGAAACGAGAGCUUUCUACUAUUCCAGCUAAUUACGGUGUAGUGGAAGGGAGUGGAAGAGGAUUUGAGAACGCGCAAGUAAAUUGCAAUUGACCUCAGUGACUCAAAAACGACUGCAAUUAGGGAGGCUUGCCUCCUCCCCUCCCCACCUUGAUGUGAAUCUAGCUUAAAAUUUUUACCAGAAACACUGAACUUGACAAGGCUAUUAAUCAACGCCUUAAUUUCGGUUUGUGGUCGGAAUUUGGGUAAAACAAUGUUUAAAUGUAACCAAACUGUUGCAAAAGACAUAGUGGCAAUGGUAAUGUACGGAUGUAGUAGUAAUUCUAAACAGGUUAGAAGUAUAAAACUCUACAGACGAAACUACGAUUUAUGAAGUUGUAUCACUCCUAUAUGUUGUUUAUUUUACUUUCUUUGCCAGCAUUGGAUUGUUUGCAGGGUAUCAUGUUAAUAAGAUUUGCGUUAGGGUGGCUGAAUUAUAGAUUAACAUGCAUACGUAGUGAAUAUAUUACAUGAAAUUAAAAUAAAGCUGCUAAAAUGUAA